GGAGUUGUAUAUUUCCCUAAAGGGUCAAAAAUAGAACAUUUAUUAAACGACGAGUUAUUCAAAAACCGGCACAGGCCCCAGUUGUCUUUCAAAAGCUCUGAUUUACUGCAUAUUUCUCCCUUGAGAAAGGCCUUUUUUAAAUGUUCAUUUCCAUUUUAAGAGACUGUGGGCUUUGAUCUGUUGGGAGCAUUCUUUUUCUUUCCCUGACUGGGGCCUGUCGGCUACUCAGGCCUGUGUUUUUCCACGGCCUUCCCCAGCAUUCACACAGCAUCUCCUGCAUCUGCGUUCACCCUGGUUGAUUUGGAGGUCAGAACUGGUGAGUCCCUGUAGCAGGUGACACCAAGAACCAAUGAGCCACAUUUGCUCUUCACACCUCAAUAAAGAUCCUGCUUCCAGGAGUGAGUGUUUAUGUAAGUUUCAAAUCCAGCAACCUAAAGAUUCACCUCCAAUGGCACAGGGCUGGACGGCACUCAGAGAUGGCUGCCACCCAAUCGUCACUCAGCAUUUUAUCACUGGGCUAUUCUAUUCAAGUGUAUUCCAUAUGCUAAGCAAUUGUUCACAGAAAUAAGAUAAUGGAAAGAACAGAGACGGAAUGAGCAUUGGGCAGAGUCGGGCCUGCCAUGGCUCUUACUGCCGUUCUUCGCAGAUCUGCAAGAACUCCGGACUCAUAGAUUAUGUCAAAACUGAGAAGCACUGGACAGUCAUUUUGCUUAUCUGCAGUUUCUCAUUUCUGAGAAGAAUUUCUCUCCAUAUGGACAUUAUCACUUUUGUUAUAAUCUUGAGAAUGGUUCAGGUAGCUUUGAUCACCAGUUUCCUAUCUCCUACGAUAAUCAGAACCAAUGGAAUGUGCGGAAAUCCAUCCCUAUUCCGAAGGAUUCCUAAUGUCAUCUCACCAGGUGGGAUGGUUUUCCUGCUCAAGUCUGCAUGCCCAACUCCAACAGCUUCGCCCAAGCUUGGGGACAGGCUUCAUCCAACACCCAGAACCUGUACGGUUAUUUGGCCCCUCAUUGAGAAGCCUCUCACGGAUACAGACAAAAUUAACUCGGUCAUCCCUGCAGCGCCAGAGGGAAACUUCUGGACUCUCUGUUUGGGGAGUGUGCGCUCAAACCAUUUCAAGAUGAGAUUUAAACCUCUUCUUGGAGAAGACUGAGGCUGGCACAAGGCUAACAAAUCAAAUAAACUGCACCGAGGCAAAGCCGCCGUCUCUCCCAGGCUGUACCCUGCCUGCUUCUCCCACCCCUGCCUUCUGGCCUAUUUGUCUUUAAGGUUUUAGCAUUAUCCCUCUGUUGACAAAUGAAUGCUUUUCUGGAAAAUGAGGUAUUUCCAGAAGCGGGCAGACACUGGCUGGAGCGCCGUAAGAGCUCUGCCUCCCUCGAUUCGUUAUGUGAACGGGAAAGGCCUGGAGGUUUUGCACGAGCAUUACAUUCAAGGUGAUGAUAAAUGGAGUCUGGCUGGGGUGGUAAUAAGGGAAUUUCUAGCCAGGUCCUGUCUAGACCACGGUUUGUUAUGGAGGGAAAGCCACAAAAGGGGGCUAUAGUACCCCGUUCCUCAGAGAAAUUGUCCUCAGGGAGAGUCAGGCACAUUUCCAGUCCGAACCUUCGUCCGGCCCCUCACUGAGGCCGCUGUAAAUAACAUUAGCCUGUCUUUCAGCAAGCUCUGGGAAGCUUAUAAACCGAACACGGUUUUUGUUGUCUGUAGUUGUGCAUUAAGCUCAGUACUGUCAAGUCUAAUUAUUCUCAUUAAGGUCUGAAAGUUUUAGGGAUUAAUUAAGCAGAGAGCCAAAGCUUAUGCAGAACAGCAAUAUUUUCCCCCUGAAGGAUUAGCCCGUCAUUCUGAUGGGGUUUUCCUUGAGCGUUGCCCAUUACUUUAUAAGAUAGCAAAGUGUGGAGCUCAUAUAAUAUGGAUUAGAAAUCGCCUACAUUUCACAUGUGCUAUUCAGCCAUGAAAAUAAGUCCUGGCCCUUGGUGCCUGUAACCCGGAAGGCUCACUAAUGAGAACCAGGCAGUGGGGCUAAUGAGAAAUUCAAUACAUGCCGUCUCUCCUUCCCAUUUCCCUUCAAUUUACUUUCUACAGGAGCCGAUAUGUGUAGGAAAAGUCUGAGUGGAUGCUGGUAUACUCCUCUUUGCCUGGUGGGGAUCUUAGAAAUUAUCUGAUUCUAGUCCUUCUUGCUAUAGAGGUGACAACUGGGAUUCAGCAACCUGCUUAAAAGGGCCCGGUUAAUGGCAAAGCUACUUGAAAAGAAGGUGACAGGAAACUUCAGGAGGUGUAGACAAUCACUGGGUACGUUAGGAUGCUGAGGGUCCUUAGUCUUAGGUUUUGGCAUGAUGGAAAAUGCUGUAGAAAUGAGAAGGUCCCACAAUGAAGAGAGGAUGCUGGUGAGGACCUAAUUUGCAGGCAAGCCCCAGGAACUCUGGCACCCUGCUUGGUAAAGAAUUUCAAGGCUUCCUGGAGAAAUGGGGGUAGGGGGAAGGAUCGUUAGGCCCUGGCACCCCAGAUGUAAAGAGGAAAGUCAGACGUGGGUAAUCACCCUGUCUUCACCCAGCAGCUCCAGUUUUCAGCAAAGCAGAGGGGGCACUUCUGCCUUCCAUCUCCCCAACUUCACAUCAAGGCGCCAUUGCAUUUGAUGGCUCGGAAUGCAGCCUUCCUGCCUCCCACACUCCCAAAUCCAUGCCUUGUUUAUCUCUUUAGAACGGAUCCCCGAUGCCUGCCCACCACGCGGCUGGAGUGGCGCCAGCAUCCCCAGGGCGCGUCUGUGAUGACUGAUGGGGUCCACCACCUCUACCCCAGACCCUUCCACACCCAAAGACUCCCUCUGCCCAAUGAAGUCCCCUUCGCCCCAGCAUUCCUGCACUGGGCACAUCCCAAGGGUGGCCCGGUAUCCUGCAGGUGGCAGGAGAGAGCACCCUCCUCAAACACCAGUCUGAUACGUAGCCAGGAGGAAGCAGGCGGUCCUCAGUGUACCCUCUUCUCUUGUCUCUGGGGAGCUUGUUUUGGCUCCUCAAGAUCUCGGAAAAAGUACAGGUUGUAGAGGCUGCAUUCUCAGGGCAGAACCAUGUCUCAAGACAACUGGUUAGUGAGGCCAGGAGUGACAAUCAUAAUCGGAGCAGCAACUGCGCAACGGCAUAGGCAAGGGGGGCCGAAGGUGCAGCAGCCACCACCAUUAUAGUCAGACUGGGCACCAUUUCCUAAAUGUCACACGUCCUUCCAGCCCCUUGAUCUUUGCUUAUGAAAAGUGUCAUUCCCUCUACAAUCCUCUAGAGCUCUUUGUAGGUUUUUAUUUGUUUUCCAAACACUGUACUUGCUUCUCUAUGAACCAUGAGUCCCAGAGGCCCUCGUGGUCCUCAAUUAUCUUUGCUUCACCAUGGCCUGUGCCAUGGGGCUGAAUGUUUGUAGUCCCCAGAAUCCAUAUGUGGAAGCCCUAAUCCUCACUGCGCUGAUAUUAGGAGGUGGGGCCUUUGGGAGGUCAUUAGGGUUAGAUGAGGGCAUGAGGGUGGGGCCCUCAUGAUGAGGUUAGUGCCCUUAUCAAGAGGAUGAGACACUAGAUCCCUUGCUUCCUCUCUGCCUGCAGUCACCAAUGAAAGGCCAAGUGAGGACAUAACAGAAGCCAUCUCUUCCCAGAACCUAGCCAUGCUGGCACCCUGAUCUCUAGCUUCUCAGCCUCCAGAACUGUGAGAAAUAAAUGUUUGUUGUCUACACCA